UAGAUAUUAUUAAUAUUGUAUCUGGCCUCGUUGGGACACUUAUCUUUAUUGGUUCAGUUUGCUUGAUUAUUUAUACAAGAAAGCGACUGUGUCAUGCAUUACUUUUUCUAAAUUGGCUAAUAAUUAAAAAUGCUUCAUUUGUGUACGCGUGGCUGAUAUUGUUCGGUUUAAUUCAGUUGUGCAUUAGUUACACCGCAGAAAUGUACCACUACUUCUUCUGCUAGCUAAAGUUACGGCAAUAUUAAGAAAAGGUUAAAAGAAAAAAAUGAUCACACAUCCGCAUUUUGGUCCCUGGGACUACGUAAUUCUGUCCAUAGUUCUGCUCAUAUCUGCAUCCAUAGGAGUUUACUACAGGCUCACCGGUGGCAAGCAAAAAACAAUGCAGGAAUACCUGCUAGCCGACAAAAAUAUGCCGAUAGGGCCGGUAGCCUUUUCACUUAUGGCUUCUUUCAUGUCAGCCAUCACACUGCUGGGCGUAUCCAGUGAAAAUUACACGUACGGUUUGCAGUUCAUCGUAAUCAACAUUUCCUACGUCCUUGCCACCCCGAUUGCGGCGUAUUUAUUCCUACCUGUGUUCUUCAAACUACAAGCAACAAGCGCUUAUGAGUACUUAGAAAGAAGAUUUGGUAAAACUUCCAGAUUGGCAGCAUCUCUGUCGUAUACUCUACAAAUGACCCUGUACAUGGGGGUAGUUUUGUAUGCUCCAUCUCUAGCACUUGAGGCUCUUACUGGAAUCAGUCAACUUGCUGCUAUCUUGUCUGUUGGUCUGGUAUGUACUUUCUACUCGACCAUCGGUGGAAUGAAAGCGGUACUGAUGACAGACGUAUUCCAGUCCAUUCUUAUGUUUAUAGCAGUGUUUAGUGUCAUAAUAUGCGCGGUAGUUGAGAAAGGAAGUUUCGCAGAAGUGUGGAGGAUUGCUAGUGAAGGGAAUAGGACAAAUCUCUUAAACUUCGAUCCGGACCCAACGGUGAGGCACACUUGGUUUACGCUGAUAAUAGGCGGUGCAGUGACGUAUUUAUCAUUGUACGCCGUAAACCAGACGCAAGUGCAGCGCUACCUGACAGUUAAGGAUCUGAAAGCGGCACAGAAGGCACUGUGGUGGAAUUGGCCGAUUUUAACACUGCUGAGUUUGAGCACAUCAUUUUCGGGCCUUGCGAUAUACUCGAGAUUUUACAAAUGUGAUCCGUAUGAUGCUGGUUAUAUUACUAGUUUUGACCAGCUCAUGCCAUAUUACGUGGUAGACACAAUGGGUCAUAUACCGGGCCUGUCAGGACUUUUUGUAGCUGGAAUAUUCAGCGCCUCGUUAUCUACAGUGUCUGCAGCUGUUAACAGUUUGGCAGCUAUUACUAUCGAAGAUUAUUUAAAGCCAUUGUAUAGAGCAGUAUUUAAAACUCAUCUCCCGGAGAGCAGGGAAAGUAUGAUAACAAAAAUAACCUCACUGGCAUACGGAUUCGUAUGUCUAGCGGUAGCUUUCAUGGCGAAAUAUUUGGGCAACGUACUUCAAGCAUCCCUUACCAUUUUUGGCGUCAUAGGUGGACCACUGUUAGGGCUUUUCUCUCUAGGAAUGUUCACUACUACUGCCAAUGAAGAGGGUGCUGUAUUUGGUUUAACCACCGGGAUAGUGUUAUCACUGUGGAUGGCAUUCGGUAAACAUCCACCUCCUGAUACUUUGCCAAGGACUACUCAAGGCUGUGAUAUAUUGAACAGAGCAUACUCAAAUCAUUCUACGCAUUUACAUUCCGAAGACCAAAGUGACUAUUUUUGGUUGUACAGAGUAUCCUACCUCUACAAUGGCGUGCUAGGGCUUGUAUCAACUGUGCUCGUUGGUUAUAUCGCUAGCAUUCUGAUCGAUAAGUGCCUCAGGCGACAGAAAAGGAUUUACGAUCCAAAUCUCUUUGUUCCUCCAUUGGAAAAGUGGAUGCGGAAGAAAUUACUAGAAAAACAGGGGAACCUCAACAUGACAGAGUCGUCUGGAUCUAGUGAUGAUUUGAAAAAUGGCCUAAGGACUAUUAGACAGUAUUAAAACAAACCAGUUUGGUGAAAUAGUGUAAUAUUUUAUUGUUACUUGGCAGCACUCGUAUAUUCUUACUGUGUAGAUAUCUGUAAAGCAAGGUCUUCUCUAUUUGGUGGGUACUUAACGAAUGAUAGUCUGAUGUACUUAGUGCCACCAUAGCACUGCAUUCUUUAAUAGUAUGUAACGACAGAGACGACUAAUAACUGCCAAGCUUAACGGCCUUGCUUAGUAGUUAUUAACUAUUUGUUCGGAUUAUUUAUUUUGUACAUUUUUAUACUAAACAGACAGACGACUGAUAAUAAAAAAUAUUUAUAGCCCUUUUGGUGCGAAGUGGUCGUAUGAUGAGCAACAGACUACUUGUCGUCGAUUUGGAAACGUAUUUUAAAAUAUUUGGCUGACGUUAGAAAUGUUGGGUAUUUAGCGAGAGUCUUUUGUAUUUAUUAUAACAAAAUAUUGAACACGUACUUUUUGUUGCAAAACCACUAAUUAUUAGAUUAUACUUGGCUUGUUUGCACAAUUUGGUGCAAGAAGGCAUUUUACGUAUUGAGUAAGCAAGUAGUAUCUUGCAAAACGUCUUUAAAAAAGAUCUCACCAUACGUGUUGAAAAAGCUAUGAAAAUUUUUAUUAACUUGAGUUUAACACAUUUUUUGCAGCUCAGGGUAUGUGAUGAAUAAAAAUCUGUAGUGUUAGGAAUAGGAAUAUGUCUUCCAUUUGAAAAAAAAAUGUUUUAAUUCCUUGUUACGAGGGACAAUAAAUUAGUUAUAUUUUU